AUGAAAGAUGUCGAUAACAAACCGGUGUUGUCUUUUAAUGAAAUAUUUUCGCUACUUGAAAAAAGUUUGGGGUUUAAAAAUGAAAUAAAGUGGACGAGUUUUAUAGCUAUCACUUUGUACCAUAUUAUUGGAGUUUACUGGUGUUAUUACUACGCUUUACCUGUAAAAUGGCAGACAUUGGUAUUUGCCGCUAUUAUGUACGUAGCAUCUGGAUUCGGCAUCACAGGCGGAGCACAUCGGCUUUGGACUCACAGAGCAUUUAAAGUGAAUCUACCAUUGAAGAUAUUCUUCCUUAUGUGUUUCGCCAGUGCCGGUCAGAACUCUUUAUACCAAUGGGUGCGCGACCACAGAAUACAUCACAAGUACAGUGACACGAACGCCGACCCUCACAACGCAAACCGAGGGCUGUUCUUCUCCCACAUAGGAUGGCUGAUGAUGAAGAAGAACGAAGAAGUGAUGCUGCGUGGACAACAAAUCGACAUGACUGACAUAGAGAAUGACCCAAUUUUGCGGUUUUACGAUAAACAUUUCAUCAAAUUGAAAUUGGUAUUCUGUUACUUUCUGCCGACCGUGAUCGGAAUCUGGCUGUGGGGUGAGAAAUGGAAGACUGCAGUGGCCUGGCAGUGCUUCAUCAGGUUCCUCAGCAUGUUUCAUAGCGAACUUACCGUCAACAGCUUAGCACAUACUUUCGGUUAUAAACCAUAUAACAAAGACAUUGUUCCCGCUGAAAACCGUUUCGUAGCCACAUGCACAUUGGGGGAAGGAUGGCACAACUACCACCACGCUUUCCCAUUCGACUACAAAGCCGCAGAGCAUUUCGACUUCUUCAACUUCGGAACGUGGUUCAUCAGAUUUUUCGAGAAAAUCGGUUGGGCUUACGACCUUCGUGAAGCAACUCCUGAAAUGAUAAACUCUAUAGCUAAAAGAAUGGGCGAUGGCACACCCAUACACUUUCCGUUAAAUGAAAAACACAUGAAUGAAUGCGAUGAAAAGCAAACAGGUUAA